UUAAAGUACCAUACCCUUGUUUCCGGGGAGACGAACAUCGCUGCACACAGGCUUGGUGUUGUUUACAGCCUGAUUUACGUUUAACGGCGGAUUAACGGUAGAAUCCGCCGUCUAAGAGAGAGGUUGUUGUUGUUGUUGUUGUUGUUGUGUUGUGUUUAGUGUUUGUCGCAUGUGUUUCAGUUGCUCAUUGUUGUAGAGACACUGUUAGCAGAUGCUAGCAGACGGGGAGACAACAGGGAGACAACAGGGAGACAACACCAGAAACAACGUCUGUCUUUGGACUGACAGAGAUGCCAGCCAACAAACGGAUACACACGAACACACUGAAACUGGGCUGUGAGUGGAGUUCAUGUCAGGAGUCUUUCAACAGGAUGGAGAACUUCUGUAAGCAUGCGGAGACUCACUUAGGUGCAGUUAACCUGACAGAGGACAACGACGAAGAAGAAGACGCAGAAGAGAGAAACUGCAUGUGGAGAGACUGUGGUUUCUGCUCUGUGGAGGGUCCUGAGGAAAUUCGACGACAUCUGUUCUUCCACUGUUACCACACGAAGCUAAAGCAGUUGGGUCAGAAGUUGCUCAAUGCCCAGCCUGAGCUUGGUAGCUGCUCCAUUGGCUACCACAACCACAACAUCGUCCCUGAAGUCCCUGACAAUUUUGUCUGCCUGUGGGAGGAUUGUGAGCAACCACCAUAUGAAAACCCUGAGUGGUUUUACCGCCAUGUGGAGAUGCAUAGCCUGUGUAUAGAGAUACCAACAGGAGACUGUGAAUUUCCAAUACGCUGUGGAUGGAAAGAUUGUGAAGCCACCGUCAAAGGGCGCCCUAAGCUGCGGGAGCAUCUGCGCAGCCACACGCAGGAGAAGGUAGUGGCAUGUCCAGGCUGUGGGGGAAUGUAUGCCAACAACACCAAGUUGUUUGACCACGUCAUACGACAGAGCGCCAUGGAAGGUCAGAGGUUCCAGUGUUCUCAUUGUUCCAAACGUUUUGCCACAGAACGGCUGCUGAGAGACCAUAUGAGGACCCACGUGAGUCACUACAAAUGCCCUCUCUGUGACAUGACGUGUCCUUCACCCUCUUCAAUUCGCAACCAUAUCAAGUUUCGUCACAGCAACGAGAAGCCGUACAGCUGUGAAUACUGCGAGUACAGCUGUAAGAAUCUCAUUGAUUUGCGCAAACACCUGGAUAGCCACAGCAGUGUGCCGGCAUUCCACUGCGAAAUUCCCGGCUGUGGUUUCACUUCUCGCACCCAAAGCACCAUGAAAAUUCACCAUAAAAGAGAGCACGAGGGGAACUUUGUCGCUCGGUACAAAUGCCAUGUCUGUGGUCAGUGCUUCACCAGAGGCAACAACCUAACGGUGCACCUGCAAAAAAAACACCAAUUCAAAUGGCCAUCUGGACACCCCAGGUUCAGAUACAAGGAGCAUGAAGACGGCUUCCUGCGUCUGCAGCUGAUUCGCUAUGAGAGUGUGGAACUGACCGAGCAGUUGAUGAGGGAACGACAAACCAGGCAAACGGAGGAGGAUGAGGAUGGUGGCCAGACUGAAGGGCAGAAGCUGGCAGAAGAAUCGAUGGGCGCAGCUUCCUCAGAGUUACAGGUAGAACUGAGAGGGGUGCUGCUGGAGGAGCAGAGGCCCGAGCCCACCAUCAGUGCAGAGGAGAACAGUCAGGAAGAAGGCACGUUGUAUGUUCUCACUGGAGGUUUGUCACAUGAAGGAACUGACUCCAUCAUGAUGAAUUUUCAAGAUACUUCCUAGCAGCAGGGACUUCCAUUGUCAUCUUCCACAGGAGGACACACUGUUAUUGGAUGUGCUGCUGCAUAGCUACACUAAGCCGGUGCACUGUAACUUUAUUCAAUUAAAACAUCUAAAUGAAGGGACACAUAUUCUUGAUCAUUAGCCUAUAUUAGGUAAUAAACCAUAUUAUAUAUUUCAUUUGGUAACAUUGUAGCUGUUUGUGUAUCGUUUACAUUAAAUUCAUUAAUUGUACUGAUGUCAGAUAAUUUACUCUGCCUCAUGGUUGAUCAUUCUUUUUUAGAAAAAUGUGACAAUAUAAGCCAAGAGAUUGACUGUUGGCAUUUAUGUUCAGCAUAAUCUGUCAAAUCUAAUUACUUGGAGAGUGUAUUUUUUUUUUACUCUGACUUUACUACUUGAAUAAAGUUAUUAUCAAAUGUUUGCUAACAUCA